AUGCAAGUACGAUUUGGUUCUCCGUCUAUUUAUAAAGUUAGUCGACGUUGUCAAGUUAUUCUUUGCCAAUUAUCUACUUCAAGUCUUCAAAAACCAGCUCCACUAGCUCCACCACCAUCAUCAUUUCCUAAAUUGGAUACAGAUUUUAAUUCACAUCGAAUUGCUUACAGAUAUAGAGGUUUGGGAGAAUUGCUUCGCGGAUGGUUUGUCUAUCGUUUAUUUUCAAUCAAUAUACUUGUUAACAAUCAAGAUAAAUUAGCCGAGUUUGGAAAACGUAUAUUAGGACGAAAGUUGUUUGGAACUAUUUUUCAACUAACAGCUUUUGGCCAUUUUGUCGGUGGAGAAUCAACGAAAGACAUCCAACCAAUAAUUAAAAACUUAGAAAAAUAUAGAGUAAAAGCAAUACUUGAUUAUAGUAUUGAAAGUGAUGAAAAAAAAACACCACCGACAGAAUCUUCAGCAACGUCUUCAUCAGACAGCAUUCAGUAUCAUACUGACCAUAAUGAGGAAUUGUCAUUUGAUCAGAAUAGUUCAAAGUUCAUCGAAUGUAUAAAUAUUUCUCAUAAUGUAUGCGGCAUAAAUAAUCUUAUCGCAAUUAAAAUAACGGCACUUGUACAACCGACCACAUUGAAGAAAUUUAGUUUUCUAUUGGAUAAAUUAAAAUAUCAUCCAUCGUCGAGAAAUGAAUCGUUAUUUCAAUACAUAAAUGAUACCAAACAACGGAGUAAAGAUGAAAUAAAUUCAAAAACAUCAAGUGUAAUCGAACCGUUGGACAAAAUACUGAUCGAUAACAAUAAUAAAACAAUGUCAGAAACAAGUGUAUUAUCAACGAGUGAAUUGAAUGAACUCAAGAAUUUAAUAAUCAGAUUGAAUGAGAUUGCACAGGCAGGUGUAAAACAAAAGAUAUCUAUUAUGGUUGAUGCCGAACAAACCUAUUUUCAAACAGCCAUUAAUUUUUUAGCAACAGAAAUGCAACGUUAUUUUAAUAAAAUAUCACCAAUUGUUCACGGCACUUACCAGUGUUAUUUGAAGGAUACAUUGAAAGUCAUUACAACAGAUUUAGAAUUAGCGAAAAAAGAAGAUUAUAUAUUUGCGGCAAAACUCGUGCGAGGAGCUUAUAUGGAACAAGAAAGACGAAAAGCGCGUGAAGAAGCGUACGAAGAUCCAACUAAUCCAACGUUCGACGCCACAACGUCGAUGUAUUAUGAAUGUCUGAAUAAAGUACUUGAAAGUUCAUCGGAGCGAACAGCUGGACGUGUGAAAGUAAUGAUUGCGAGCCACAACGAGGAUACAAUUCGAUAUGCUCUUGGAAAAAUGAAAGAUAUGAACAUUCCUCCAAAUGGCCAACUAAUGUCAUUUGCUUCGCUGUAUGGUAUGAGUGAUUAUACCUCAUUUGCAUUAGGUAGGCAGCCUCUACAUCUUUUCUGUCUAUUCAUUCAGCAGAUAACUAUUAUUUCUCUUUUUUUUAAAGCAAACUCUGGUUAUCAUUGUUACAAAUAUCUUCCCUACGGUCCACUCGAUUCUUUAUUGCCAUAUUUAUUUCGUCGUGCACAAGAAAAUCGUGGAGUAUUCAUAAAAGCUAGAAAAGAUCGUAUAAUGCAUUUAAAAGCGUUCCAAGACCGAUUAUUUGGUUCAAAACAAUAA